AUGGCAAGCUUGGGUGUUAGAACGGAAAAUACCGUGGACAACGAUGAAAAUAAAGAAGGGAAGGACAAUGGAGAAAUUACAAAAACAAAAGACAAUGGGGAAAAAGAGCAAGGAAGAGACGGCAGACAAGGAAAGGAUAGUGUUGAAAGCAGAGGGAGAAAUGGCAAUGGGGAAAGUGAAGGUGAAAUGAACAGUAGAACAGGAAAGGACAGUGGUGAAAGCAAAAAGAAAAAUGACAAUGGGGGAAACGAAGGAGAAAAAGUCAGCAGAGUAGGAGAGGAUAGUGUUGAAAGCAGAGGGAAAAAUGAUAAUAGGGAAAAUAAAGGGAGAAAGGAUAGCAGGACAGGAAGGGGAAGUGGAGAAAGCAGAGGAAAAAAAGACAAUGGAGAAAACGUAAGUCGAAAGGCGAAGGACCCAAACACACUUAAAUGCUCACUUUGUUACGAAACUUUUAAAGAUCCAAGGUUACUGGAGUGCUAUCAUUCCUUCUGCAAAGAAUGCUUGAAAUACCAGAUUGAGGCGAAAGGUAUAUUUUCAAGUUAUGAGUGUACUGUUUGUGGAGCUGUAAGUAAAAUUCCUCAGAAUAAAGAAGAGGGCUUUCCCAAAAAUUUCUUCUUUUUCAACAAGGAUGGAAAUGCGAUUUUAAAGUGUGAUGUUUGCGGAGAAAAAACGAGAGCUGAAUUUUACUGUUUCGUAUGUGAUCAGAAUUACUGCUCAUUUUGUCUUCGGGUACAUUCCAAACUACAAGGAACUAAGAGUCAUAGAAUUGUAACCAUUAGUGAAAAGGGAGACAGAAUGAUAUCACAAAGUGUUUCUUUAUGUGAUCAUCAUACUACGCAGGAGUUGAAAUAUUUUUGUGUAACUUGUAAACAACCAAUCUGCAUCGACUGCAACAUGACAAUGCAUAAGAGUCAUGAGUGUAAGGAUAUAUCCGAGGCAGUUAUUGAGUUUCGAAAUUCCCUUGAAAGUGCAACUGAAAAUUCGGAACAUCGUGACUUUAUUGAAAAGUUGUCCAACGAAAAAGCUAAAGCAAAGAAAGAAAAAAACAAGAUGCUAGAUACUGAGGAAAAACUUCUCGAUAAUAUAAGGGAACAAGCACAACUUUUUCACAGAUUAGUCGAUGAUAUUCAAGAUGAAUGUUCCAGUAAGGUAUUGGAAUACUCUCCUGACAACAGUGCUAUGAAGAAUGUAGAAAAAAUCAAGUUGCAGUAUUUAGGGCUCUAUGAAUUUUCAACUAUGCUUUUAGAACAAGGAAACGAUAUAGAUAUCAUUAUUCACGGCACAAAACUGACUGAAAUGUUGGAAAAAGUGAAAAAUUCUACAGCUAAACCACCUGCGAAGGACAAUACAAAUAUUGACUUUGUAAAGGGGUUCUUGAUGAAGGAGAAAGUUAGAGAUCUGUUUGGAUUCAUUUCAAUUCCAGAGGAGAAGGAAGGCGUUGAAGAGAUAAGACUUGUAAAAUGGUUUGAUUGUGAAAUGGAGGAUACCGUGAUAACGGGGAUUUCUUGUGUGGAAGACGACAAAGCAUGGAUAUGUAUGGGAAAUGAAGGAGUGGCAAAAUUAUACGAUGUAAAAGGCAAAUGUCAUGACACUUUUGUCACUGAUUAUAAACUAGAUGACAUCGCUUAUGAUGGAAAAGGAACUGUUUAUCUAUCUUGUAAUGCAAGAAAAAUGGUUGUAAAGAAAGAGGGUGAUACCGAGCCAGAAACCUUUCUGCGUACCAAAUGUUGUGCCCGUGGUAUGACUUUUGACAGGAAUAGCAACACACUCACUGUGGGCUUAACCGAAAAAGACGUGUUUUAUAACUGCAGUGAAAACCCAUCAGCAUCGAUGGUCAAGAUGCAAAACAUGAAGACAGAAAAGAAAGUAAUGGGGAGAAACACUAUACAGUAUCCAGCUCGAAUUGCCUUAAACGCAGAAGAGAGCUGGUUUGUAGUGUCGGACUGGAUUACUCUUCAGGUGGUAUUGACAGACUUUGAAGGGAACCAGUUGAAUUCUUUUGAUGGCGAAGCCCCGGAGUGCAUGGAAGAGUCGGAAUUUAUACCACGUGGCAUUUGUUGUGAUUCCAAGGGCCGGAUCUAUGUCGUAAAUAAUGGUUCAAACUCGGUUUGGAGACUAACUGCUAAUGGUCGCUUCGACAAAAAGAUAGUUGACAUUGAUGAUUGCUGGUCACUUGCAUGUGAUGUCAAGAAUAGACUUUGGAUAGGUACACAGACUGGGAAAAUUUUUAUUUUUCAAGUGUGA